CGCUUUAGUUAGCAGGUACUGCAGCAGCUGUAGCGCUAAUAUAAACAACCCUCUUGCGACAGACCGGCUGCGAAAUAACAUUUUCUCAUCUGAUUUGGUUCAUUGAAACAGGUACGCUGGAAUUUUCAGAGACCCACUCGGACAUGUCAUAUGUCUUCAUCAAUGAUUCAUCGCAAACCAGUGUACCGUUACUGCAGGCCUGCAUUGAUGGGGACCUAGCAUUUGCAAAGCGCCUCCUGGAGACAGGCUGCGACCCCAAUAUCCGUGAUAACCGGGGCCGCACCGGCCUCCACUUAGCAGCAGCUCGUGGCAAUGUGGAGAUCUGUCGCUUCCUGCACAAGUUUGGGGCAGAUCUGCUAGCCACAGAUUACCAAGGCAACACUGCUCUGCACCUGUGUGGACAUGUGGACACCAUUCAGUUCCUUGUCUCCAAUGGCCUCAAAAUAGACAUCUGUAACCAUAAUGGAUCGACUCCUCUGGUGCUGGCCAAGCGGCGAGGGGUGAAUAAAGAUGCUAUUCGACUGCUGGAGGGCCUUGAGGAGCAGGAGGUGAAAGGCUUUAACAGAGGCGCCCAUUCCAAACUGGAGACCAUGCAGAUGGCUGAGAGUGAGAGUGCAAUGGAGAGCCACUCGCUGCUGAAUCCCAACCUGCAGAACAGUGAGGGUGUGCUGUCCAGCUUCCGCUCCACCUGGCAGGAGUUCGUGGAGGACCUUGGUUUCUGGAGGGUUCUCCUGCUCUUAGUGGUCAUCGCUUUACUCUCUCUAGGCAUCGCUUACUAUGUGAGCGGUGUGCUGCCCUUCUCUGCCAGCCAGCUGGAGCUGGUCCACUGAGAGCCACACUUGCUCUCCCCUAGUGUCAAAUGUAGUUUCAGACCCACCUUAAAGCUGUGUUUUGUAUGAUUUAAUGGUUUUCUUCAUAUGAAUGACUUCCUUUUAUGCUGCUUGUUGCUCUGUCUGACAGUACUUGCACCAUCAAAAUUAGAAUACCAAAAGUCAAGGACAGCUUUUGCUAUUCAUAAAGCUUUGAGCACAUUGUUUUAGCUUUUAAAAUGUUGUUAACUAUUAAGAGCAUGAAAAUGACAGUCUUUACACCUCUGUAAAAAGAGAAGAGGGUUUGUUUUGAUUUUAUGGCACAUUGUGGACAGUAUUUAAUAUGUUACUGAAUGAACCUGUAAGCAGUAAGUUCUGUUUUGUGCACAUUAAUUGGAGCAUCUUCAAUUAAUUAUUCUGAAGUCAUUAAAAGGUUUGGGAGAAACUAGGGUCUUUGGAGCUUUGUUUUCCCAAGAGUUGAUUGAGGUAUUCCUCAUCAGAAAUAGCCAAGUUUUGUAUGAAGGAGAACAAGUUGUUUAAUGGAAUAUAUUUACUCAAAGUGCAGUGCAUUUUGUCCAGUCCCCAUAGACACAUAUACAUGUGUGCUUUACCUUUUAUAAUAUUACAACAGCCGUAGACCACCAGAAUGUGGACCUUUUCUUUUUAAAUUUUUUGAGCGCAUAAGUCUCUUUCAUGGCAGUAUGUUAUAUGGAAAUAUCAACCAUAAUUCACUUUCCCAGUCUGUGUGUAUGAAUGUGGAACAGUGACAAUCCAUAUAAAAGGCCAAGAAGAAUUUCUACUUGUAUUUGUUUGCUUGAGGGCACUUAAGGUCACAGGUGUUCUAGUGUGCACAAAACUUUCUUUUGUGUCUUGUGUAGCAAAUAUGUAACGCAUAUUGAUGUCAUUUACAUUGUAUCUGUGCAAGUGUCUCAGUGUAAUGCUCAUUUGCAAUACCCUAUUUAUGUUGAUGUUGGAUUUACUGGAGAUUUUUUUAAUAAAAAUAUUACUGAAUCACAUUUUUAUUGUAUAGUUUACCUUUCAGCAAUGUAUGCUGCAAAACCAAAUGUGGUGUAUGUUGCACUGAUGUCACAUUCGAAACAGCUUUUGACCAAGUUUUAAUUGAUCCCAGUGUUUACGUGAGGUUACAUUACUAUUUUGGGAGAUAUAGCUUAUCGGUUUACUUUUCCUUGUAAUAUUUUGUAAUUGUGUAUGAACUUAAUUUGGAAUUACUGUUUUUUCCUCCUGAUUACAAGUAAUAAAUCACAAAUAAUUACUCAAA